AUGAAUGUUACCGUCAUCCACGGCGAAGAAACAAGGGUUCAUCCAAGCGACCUGCACUGGCAUCUAGGCGACCUCCUAAAGAACAAGGACGCAGCAGACCUAACCUUUCAAGUCGGUGGACAGACAUUAUCGGCUCACAGGUGUGUCCUAGCUGCUCGGUCAUCCGUCUUCAAGGCGGAGCUUCUCGGCUCCAUGCAGGAGAGUUCUGCCGCAAGUCCUAUUGAAAUCCGUGACAUGGAAGCUGAUGUGUUCAAGUCCUUGCUCCACUUCAUAUACACCGACUCUGUUCGUCCAGUGCUUGACGUAGUGAUGGCCAGCCAUCUGCUCGUCGCCGCUGACAGGUACAACAUCAUGAGGCUGAAGCAGAUAUGCGAGGAGAAAUUGUGCAAUCACAUUGAUUCCAACAUGGUGGCAACUUAUUUGGCUCUAGCCGAACAACAUGGUUUCAGUCGUCUCAAAGAAGCUUGUUUCCAAUUCCUUGCUUCUCCAUCCAAUUUGGAGGCUAUGAUGGCGAGUGAUGGUUACGAGCAUCUCAAGUCCAGCUGCCCAUCUGUUCUCAAGGAGCUCAUAGCUAGAAUCAUGCCGGCUGAACUGAAUACGGCAAAGGAUAUCAUCAUGGCAAUGUGGAAGUAA